GUGGAAAAGUAGAUUAAAGAAUCUCAUUACUCUAUUACUAUUACUAUUAUUAUUAUUAUUAUUUUUAGAAUCGAAUUACAUAAACCAAGACUGAAGAAGUUUCUUAGCUUGCAGGGUCUACUUUCACUCUCUUUACGUGAUGGUCUUUAUAGGUGUGCUAUAUAUAUAUAUAGUCACAAACUACCCUUUCUUUCUUCAAAUCUUUACAUAUAAAAAAAACUACACAUACAAACACUCUAUAAUCUAUACAAACCAAGAAAAUAUUUUCUGGGCAUUCUUUAAAAAUGGCUACUUCUUUCACCUUCAUCUUCUUCUUCUUCUUCUUAUCCUCCACUACAAUCUUUAUAGAAGCUCACAACAACAACCCUUCGAAGUAUUGUUCCAAAUGGGGUCCUGAAAUUCAAUCUCCUUUCCACAUAGAAGGCCAAACCCAACAAAACGACACCCUCUUUGAAGUCGUAUGCAGAAACAAAUCCACCAUAAUCAACUUCCAAUCCCAUGGUUAUGGUGAUUUAGUGGUGAAAUCAAUCUCGUACGACACCAAAAGACUCGAUCUUCUUGACCCCAAAAGCUGUGUCCACAGAGUCUUUCUCAACCUUAACCUUUCCAAAACCACAUUCGAUUAUUACUAUCUUUUAAAAAACUACACUUAUCUCAACUGUACGGACAGACUCUCCCCUGUUUUGGCAGAGGUCCCCUGUUUGAGUGGCUCACAUCAUUUUGUUUAUACUGUUGAGCCUUCUGCCAUGGCAGCCAUCCCAAGCUUCUGCAAACCCAUCAAAACCGUAGCUAUCCCUUUUGCAUACAGUCCUUAUUUGGCUGAUAAUAGUUUUGGCUUGAGUUUGACUUGGGGUUUUCUUAGUGCCCAAGAUUUUGAUCAAAAAGAUGGCUUCAGAGUUAGACAUGUUCAAGUUCUCAGCAUAGGAAUCUUUGUUAUGGCAAUGUCAAUUGUGGCAGCAGCAUUACUAAUCAGGAGCAGAAUAGCACAUGACAUGAAGAAACUAGCUUCUCAAGACAAAUUAGGGAAUCAAACAGUAGAGGUUGAGAAAUUUCUUGGAGAUUAUAAAGCUUUCUCAACUGGUGAAACUCAAGUUGACCAAGUCAGCAUUCAAUGUUGACUUUUCUUACCAUAAUUGUACCAACCAGAGAUUAAAGGAACUGAUAACACUUUCAGAUUCAAGCUUUUCUUAAACCCCAAAAUGAUUAUUUUGGAUGGAUUGUGAAGAGUACUUGAAUUCUAUUGAAAAACUUCAAAUCAAGACACAAACAAUGGAAUGUAUACACUCAUAAUACAUAGUUUUAAGUUGCUAGCUUGGGAAAAUAUUGGCAUUAAUUUUGUGGUAUACAUAUUACAUUUACAUAUAGCUUUUUGUUUUUAAUUUUCCUAUGGUUCAACUGUUUAGUUUAUGUAAAGACUUGUUGGUUUAAAAGAAGAGAGAAUUAAAUUUAUUAUCAA